AUGACCAAUCUUAACAUUAUGCUGGGGGAUGAAGACUUUGGUGACAGAUCAGACAUAGAAGAGAUUACAAAAUCUCCAGUGUGCUAUCCUGUCUUCAAUGAUUUCUUGUCGAGAACUAAGUCACCUAUAUUACAACACACAGACACAUCAGCCUUUCCACGCCCUCUCACACAGGAACAAAAUGACAGAAAAAGAAUUCCGUGCCCUCUUGAUCCGAAACACACUGUAUAUGAAGAUCAACUACAAAAACAUUUAAAAAAAUGUAACUCCAGAGAAAAGCCAAAGCCCGUCUACUUUGUUCAAGAUAUUAAUGCUGGUUUAAAAGACAUAAUAGAAAUACCAGAAAAAAAAGUUCCUCUAUCUUCUCUAUCUAUUGAAGAGCUACAGAACUUAAUUAUCAAGUUGAAAAAAGCAAGUAAUGGCCUGGAACUUCAUCUUAAGGAACAAAUACUGUCCCACCAGGCUUUACAAGAAGCCUUAAAUGACCCAAAGAAUGGGGAAUCUGCUUUCAAACACCUGAAACAACAGGCUUCUAUUUUAGGUAACAUGGAAAAAUUGCAUUUACUUGGUCCAGGAAGGUGUUUUGUUGAGUUUGGAGCUGGGCGAGGAAAGUUGUCUCAUUGGGUUGAUAUUGCCUUAGAGAAUGUUGAAGGUGUUCUGUUUUUGCUUGUGGAAAGGGCAACCACAAGAUUCAAGGUGGAUGGAAAACACAAAAAGAGAGAUUCUAUAUUUGAGAGGCUUCAAGUAGACAUUCAGCACUUAUGUUUAAAUAAGGUACCUAUUUUGGAGAAGAAAAAACUACCAUUGGUAGGAAUUGGGAAGCAUUUGUGUGGUGCUGCGACAGAUCUUGCUUUGAGAUGCUUGGUUGAAAGUUACACCACUUGCUGUGAUGGAGAAGAUGAAGAGCCUGCACCAAAACGCUGCAGGGCUGCUCAGACAGAGGUGGCUCCUCGCAAAUCUGCUGGUAAUGAAAGCACCACAGGAGACCAUAAGCCUGUAGCUGGAAUUGUUAUUGCUCUGUGUUGCCAUCACAAGUGUGACUGGACACAUUAUGUAGGCAGAGAUUUCUUUAAAUCAGUGGGACUGGGACCAGUGGAAUUCCAUUAUUUUCAGAGAAUGAGUAGUUGGGCCACUUGUGGCAUGCAAGAAACCACAAGCAAAGCUUCUGCAGGUGAAGGCAGUGAAGAUCAAACUAAUGACACAGAAGAACAUGAGGAAACGCUCAGCAGGACAGAGAGUGGUUCUGAUACUUUACAAGGGAUACUGAGUGUUGAGGAGCGAAAGGAGAUCGGUUGCCUUUGCAAACGGCUGAUUGAUCAUGGACGGAUUGAGUAUUUACAACACCAAGGAUACAAGGCUGCACUGCAGUAUUAUACAGAGUCUGCUGUGUCCUUGGAGAACGUCCUGUUGACAGCUGUCCCAAAUCCUUCUUUGAUACCAGAGCCAACUAUAUGAUAGGAGAUAGAUUUGGAAUUGGUAGGGGAAAAAAAAAUAAACCCUAUAAAACUCAUUUGGGUUUUUUUUAAAAAAGGUAAUUCACUUCUUAGCAAAAAACCCCAUUUUAUCAUUUUUCCUGUACCCAAUAAAAGGUCUUAUAUUUUCCAGUCUUACUGGGAAUUACAAAUAUGCAAACCAGUUCUCAUCAGUGGAAAAAUAAAAUUCCC